AUGUUGAACAAGAACACGAUUUCUUCGAUGGUGGAAAAGUUGCAAAAGAGGUUUUUUGUUAGAAAUAUUGAGGGGGUGCCUGAGGAUGUAAAAGAAGGUCACUUUGCGGUUAUAGCGGUGGAUGAAUAUGAAGAGAGAAGGUUUGUUGUUCCUGUGUCGUAUCUUAAGUGGGAUUUGUUUGUAAAGUUGUUGGAACGAGCAGCUGAAGAGUAUGGGUUUGAGCACGAAGGUGCGGUGGUCAUACCGUGUAGGCCGAGUGAGCUGGAGAGAAUAUUGGCUCAGCAAGAGGCUCAAGAGAAGAUGCUUUCAUGUUCAUGCAUCAUCCCACCAGAUUCAGUUCUCUUGUUCGAUGUCGAGUUCAUUGGCAAAGCAUGA